GAACUUUCAGUUGACUGUGAACUUUAGUUACACAUAUUGCCUGUUUCCAACCACUCACACACUUUCUGGAUAAGCCCAAGUUAACCACAUGAUACCUUGUAUCUGAACCUAUUGUCCAGUGGUAUAUUAGUUCAUAAUUGUUUGGCCAAAUAAGGUAAAGGAUAUGCUGACGUUGACACAAAAUGUGCAGUGGUUUGGACAAAAAAAACCCACACAACUCCAAUCUUACAUUUCGUGCUCACUCAGUUCAUCUGGUUACGUUGGACAUAUUCACACACCAAUGUAAUAUAUUUGGACGCAUUUCUUUUCAACUCUCAAAGACCGUGGUGGAGAAUCCAACAAUGCAGACCAUGGAUAUUGACAAAGACACAUAUGCCAACAAGCCCAGAAAAAAGGAUUACAUCGGUGUUACAUUUUCAGCUAACUUUCAGUGGUGGAAGAGACCAUCUGGAGUUGCUGCAGUGUGUCUGGGGCUGCUGUGUGUCCUCCUAUUGGCUGGGAUCAUAGGCCUGUCUGUCUACUAUACCCGAGUCAUUGGUCAUUACUACUCUGCAGAGAGAUUCCAGACGUCCAGUUUGAACAACCUGACUAAAGAGAGAGACCAGCUAAAGACCAGUUACACCACCCCAACUAAAGAGAGAAACCAGUUAAAGACCAGUUACAACACCCUGACUAAAGAGAGAAACCAGUUACAGACCAGUUACAACACCCUGACUAAAGAGAGAGACCAGCUACAGACCAGUUACAACACCCUGACUAAAGAGAGAGACCAGUUACAGACCAGUUACAACACCCUGACUAAAGAGAGAGACCAGUUACAGACUAGAUACAACACCCUGACUAAAGAGAGAGACCAGUUACAGACCAGUAGUAACACCCUGACUAAAGAGAGAAACCAGUUACAGACCAGUUACCACACCCGGACUAAAGAGAGAGACCAGUUACAGACCAGUUACCACACCCUGACUAAAGAGAGAGACCAGUUACAGACCAGUAGUAACACCCUGACUAAAGAGAGAGACCAGUUACAGACCAGUAGUAACACCCUGACUAAAGAGAGAGACCAAGACCAGUUACAGACCAGUAGUAACACCCUGACUAAAGAGAGAGACCAGUUACAGACCAGUUACAACACCCUGACUAAAGAGAGAGACCAGUUACAGACCAGUUACAACACCCUGACUAAAGAGAGAGACCACUUGAAGGAAGAGCUAAACAAACAGAGCUGUGGAUGGAAGAAGUUUAAGUCCAGUUUGUACUACCUCUCUACUGAGAAGAAAUCCUGGACAGAGAGCAGGCAGGACUGUCUGGGACGAGGAGCACACCUGGUGAUCAUUAACAGCAAAGAGGAACAGGAAUUUAUCCAUGAAUGGAGUGGAUGCCUGGAAAUCUAUCUUGGUUUCCAUGACACCAAUACAGAGGGGGUUUGGGAGUGGAUUAACGAUGGCGCAUUAGACCAAUCGUCAGCUCCGGUCACUACGUAUUGGAGGGAUGGGGAACCAAACGAUGCAAAUCAGGCUGAAGACUGCGCUCAUCUCUCAAAGAUGGCAUCAGACCCACUAAAGAGUUGGAACGACGUACCAUGCACAAUGAAUAAGCACUGGAUGUGUGAGAAGACAACGUCCACAUUGUAAUUAUGUGUUUAGAGUUUUGAAACAUGAGACAUUUUGAUGAUCUGUUUUAGAUUUUUGUGUUAAGCUCAUUCUUGUGAAAAUUUGGCAAAGUGAUUGGGGGAAAAAACAUAGGUAAAUUGACUCUGUUAUCUGAGCAUGGUGGGCUAACACACUCUGUGGUGGGCUAACACACUCUGUGGUGGGCUAACACACUCUGUGGUGGGCUAACACACUCUGUGGUGGGCUAACACACUCUGUGGUGGGCUAACACACUCUGCGGUGGGCUAACACAGUCUGUUCUUGCACAUAUGACCCUGGUUCAAAACCCAGCCGGCGACAUAAACAGCCUAAAAUUCUCAUUUGGAUAUCCAAUGUGACUAGAUUAUGUUUUAUUUUGUAAUGAAAUCCCAACAUUAUAUUAUCAGAAACUGUUAUGGAUUUAAGUGGACUGGCGAAGCAGCUUAUGUAAUAGAAAUCCUGAUGUAUUAGCAAAGAAACAUAACAGCUUAUUAUUUAACAGUACAAAGUCACUAUAGACCAUGUAUGAUGUAUUGGUAAUAUAAUGGAGCACUAUAGACCAUGUAUGAUGUACUGGUAAUAUAAUGGAGCACUAUAGACCAUGUAUGCUGUACUGGUAAUAUAAUGGGUCACUAUAGACCAUGUAUGAUGUACUGGUAAUAUAAUGGGCACUAUAGACCAUGUAUGAUGUACUGGUAAUAUAAUGGGGCACUAUAGACCAUGUAUGAUGUACUGGUAAUAUAAUGGGGCACUAUAGACCAUGUAUGCUGUACUGGUAAUAUAAUGGGGCACUAUAGACCAUGUAUGCUGUACUGGUAAUAUAAUGGGGCACUAUAGACCAUGUAUGAUGUACUGGUAAUAUAAUGGGGCACUAUAGACCAUGUAUGCUGUACUGGUAAUAUAAUGGGGCACUAUAGACCAUGUAUGAUGUACUGGUAAUAUAAUGGGGCACUAUAGACCAUGUAUGAUGUACUGGUAAUAUAAUGGGGCACUAUAGACCA